CUUAUAAUUCCGAUUUUGAAGUACCAAAUACUUUCGUGUAUUUACAGUUGAGGCCUUAAUUGGUUUAAAAUAUUUAAAAAAUGUAUAAAAUAAUUUAACCGCGUAAGAAUUCAGUAUUUUGAAAACAGUAAACAUUAGCUUCACAGAAAAAUAAUCAUAAUGGAUCGCAAUAAACCGGGAUCCAGUGGGCGGUCUACGAAAAAACCGAUCAACCUGCCGCAGAGUGAGCUGUUUGCUCUUGGUUCCAAAUCCGGUGGCAGCUCACGGGAUGACGUCAAAAGCAAAACCGGCGUAGGAGUAGGGGGCGUUCCGGAACGGAAACGGGACACUCCUGGUUCGCUUGUUAGCACUGCAGCAACGAAGAAAAUCAAAAUUGGUGGUCUAGGAAGUUCCGGUAGCUCAGUCCUGGGAGCAUCUCUGGUCGGUACUAGCAAAUCGUCUUCAGGUGGAGAUAGUUCCAGCUCCAGCAGUGUACUGGAAUAUUGGGAACAAGUAGCAUUGGAUUGUGAAUCGGUGGAUUUGGUUUCUUCGGUGAUGAGCGCCAUAGAUCAGCAGGAUAGCGAUAGCGUCGUUGGUUACAUUUGUGGAGCGAUCAAGCUGCUUAUAUCGCCCAAGUCAAAAUCGGAAUCGGUUUUAUCGCUUUCAUUAUUGUAUUUGGCAAAGGUUCGACCACAUUUGUUUUGUAACGAAACUAUUACAUCUGCAUUGAUUGCGGUUCUCAAGAGAGACAGUCAAAACUCCUUCAAAGGUCGGAAUAAUCCGACGAUACAUAUCUUGGCUUGCAAUCUUCUGGCAAGAGGAUACAGCGAUAAGAAGCAAUGGCCGGAAAGUUUAAUCCGGGCAUACAUUGAAGAUGCAAUUAAUGAUCGUGUUUGGGUGGACUAUGAAGAGUGUGCUCCAUUCACCGAUAACUGUGUUGCUGCUUUCGGCACUAAAAUACCACCGAAAUGGAUGCUCCAGCCAGAGUUAAGCACAUUAAACCCAGCAGCAAGAGAUAAUCCUACUAUAGACGAUGAGCUCUCCACAGACAGUGGAAUGUUUGGCGAUGCACUUGGAAAAGAUCCAGAUGCAAAUCCCCCACGCUUUGCCCACAUACAAGAACAGGUUGAAAAGUUGGUGGUAGAUGCGGCAAAAGACCAGCUUAACCGAAGACAAGCUCCCGAUUGCUCUACCAGAAACUUUUUAAAAUUCCUUUCACUGGCAUCCGGAGUUGCGGAAAUGAGGGCACUGGCAAUUCCUCGUUUAGAGCUAUGGAUUCAUAAUGGUAAACUAAUGAAACCAGCUCAAGAACUGCUUACUUUUAUCUGCUAUAACGUGACCGGUCAAAAUCCCAAAGAUCAUGAAGUUCUUUCCAAUUUGGUGCGGAUGCGGUUGAAAACGAAACCAUUGAUUAAUAUUUUUAUGAUUUGUUUGAAAGAGAUGCUCAACUCGCAAGCGGAAAUUUUGACUAUUAUGCUGAAAUAUGUCAUUCAAAAUGAACUUUCCAAUGCCAGAAAUCCCAACAACAUGGGUAUGUUGGCAACAAUGUUCCAAGCAAAACCGAAGGAAUCUGCCACUCAUCUGGCAGAAAUUUACCAGGAAUGUCUAUUGCAAAGAGAGGAUGUACUUCGCACGUUGCGAGUGUUUCUACGUGAGCUCGUGAAAAUGCUACGAUACGAUAUCGAUUUAAUGGAGUUCUGUAAAGCUUUGCUAACCAAUCGCCAAGAUUUAUCAGCCCAAAUAGCGGCGUUCGAGUUUCGUGAUAGGAUUUUCCAUUCCAUUGUGGAUUUGGUUUGCCUGUGUAUGUUCCUAUCAGUUUCUCCACAAAUUCGCGAAGCUAACGCAUCAAUCCGCAGUGGUCGUGAACAAAAAAGCUCUCCGGUUCUAUCCGCGUUCUAUCAUCAGAUGUCAACUAUUCAAUUUGUUGCCCUAACAUGGAUGCACGGAGUUGUUCCAGUUCUUUACAAACCAUCUCCAGCCGACUUCAAACUUGCCUUCCACAAACUGCUGAUACUAGAUUCUCCAGAAGCUUAUGCUAAAGGAGAUCAAUGGCCUCCUGAGCCAGAACGAGCACCGCUUCUUCGGAUGGUAUCGGAAAUCCCACUUCAACAAAAUUCGAUGCUUCGUAUUAUCCUUAUCGGUAUAACUAAAGACAUUCCCUUUACUAUACCAGAUACUAUGGAGAUAAUCGAACAACUAGUUCGACGAGCUGGAUCUCUGCGUCACAUCGACUAUCCACCCCUGGAAGUGGCAAAUCUGGAAAUCAUCGAUCUCCUAUUUAAAAUGUCCGAAUAUCAUCAUCCGGACAACAUAGUUCUACCGCAAAAUUAUGAACCACCAAAUCUGGCUAUUUCUUCUCUCUACUGGAAAACUUGGAUUAUUCUUUUAUUGAUUUCGUCCCAUAAUCCGUCAGUGUUCGGUUCCUUCUGUUGGCAGCAGUAUCCCAUGCUCCGAACGCUUAUGGAAAUGUGUAUCACCAACCAAAUUGGACCCACAAAACCCUCCGAUGAUGAGCUGCAAGUCGCCACCGCCGAAAAGUCUCAAAUUCUCGAAUUCGAAAACCACCUCGCCUCAACGCCGAUCACCGAACAGAAUAGUUUACUACUGUCUCAGCUUAUUCUCAUGGAUCCAAGAGGUGUAGCCCGGCGUCCACCUAACCAAGUACUGGAGCAAAUCCAGUCCUUAAAUGUGACUCAUCGCUUGGGCCAUCUGCUAUGUCGUAGCCGAAAACCGGACCUUCUGCUGGAAAUUAUUCAACGUCAGGGAACAAGCCAAGCUAUGCCGUGGCUAGCAGAUUUGGUCCAAAACAGUGAUGGUGAUUUCAACCACUUGCCGGUGCAAUGUCUUUGCGAAUUCCUGCUGUCAAAUUCAAGCACCGUUAUCGUGGAGAACAGCAGAGAAGCAGAACUGUUGGAUUACCUGCAAAAAGUCAUACAGGACGAAACCGGAGACCAUCAGGUUAUUUGCGAAAUUCUUGAAUACUUUCUGCGACGAUUGUCUUCGUUCUCUAAUCAAGCUCGAAUGUCUUCAAUUCGAGGCUUGAAGUUAUUAUUAAAGGUGUUUCAAGAAGACAACGAUCCGGUACCCAUUGAAAGUAACAACUCGGACUGGUUGUUGCGUUAUCUGCCCAUGAUUCCUCAUUUUCUGUAUGUUCGAUCCAAUGUGGUUGUACAAUUAAGAGCCGCCUGCCAAGUGGAAAAUUCUCCGGAACUGGUAAUGGUUUACAUCCAGUUUAUUGCUGCUCACACUUCGAUGGACUCGGAAUCGGAUAUGCUAGAGCACGUGAUGGACAUGUCGCAUCUGAUAGUCGAACGUAGCACCAUUUUCUCGCACAUAAUUCCUACUCCGACGGAUCAAAGUGAAGGACGUGUCCAAACUCUCAACUGUUUGUUUGUCAUGUUCAACAAUUUUUUGAUAAAGUUGAGGGAAUUCAAAGUCACACAAUCGUUCACAGAGUAUCAAGAUUUGCUACUGGUACAGUUUGCCGACGAAAGCCAAUGUCAUAUCCAUUUGAAUAUCAUCCAAGCGUUUGUUAUACUGUUGACCCAUUCUGUGUACAUUCCUGUGGCAUCACAAAUUUUGGAUUAUUGGUUUCCCGAAGGUGCACCACCACCUCAAGCGUUCAAUAUCGAGACAUCGGAACCGGUACAAAUAUUACCCGACUGGUUAAAGCUAAAAAUGAUACGAAGCAAUGUUGACAGAUUGGUGGACGCCGCUUUGCUAGGAUUGACUCCAGACCAGAUUGUUCUUUUCGUGCAGAAUUUUGGAACUCCAAUCAACUCAAUGUCCAAACUAUUGGCGCUUUUAGAUCGAGCAGUUAUAGAACAGUUCGAGUCGGUUAAUAACGCUAUCUUGCACAAAAAGUACUUGGCGCAGUUGAUUGAAAUUCAGCAGGCUCGUGGAGCGAAAAAUGGACACAUCUCUAUCCAAGCAUUGGAACUGGAUAAUCAGCCUGUGGGUGAUCCACCGAUGAUGAAUGUGACAGUCAUGGAACCCUUGCAAAUCGAUUUGAGCGAUGAUGAUCGACCCAGAACAACGUCCGAUCCGAAUAAACCAGUGUCCAAGACGAAAGAAAUCGAGGAAGCUGUGGAAAUAAUCCUUACACAUCCCGUCAUAAGCAAGGCUAACAAAGCCAAAUAUCGUAAACUUAUCGAACGCUUGAUAAGCUCCAACAAAACUGCUAAAUCACAAGAAUAUACAGCCAACAAGGUUGUGAACUACUUGGGACGACUGGUUAAAAGCUCACAGGGACAGUAUAUGGUGAAGAACUGGACACAGAACCCACAGAUGUGUUGCUUUUUCCGAUCGCUUUUUGAAGUUUCUCCUGAUAAGUUUGAAAAUCUCAACUAUUUUCUCCAUAUUCUGGACGAAAUCAUCAAGUACAUGAACCCAGCAUCAAACACUGUGUUACUGCAGAUUCUCGUUGGUAAACGGCAACAGCUUAUUAAGUUUGCCCAAAAAGAUCACUUGCAAAGCCAAACGCAACCCCAAAACUUGUACCACGCUCUGACCACGAACAAGUUGGCUGAAGUUGAAAGCAAAGGAAAACAACAGUUGCGCAAUACAAGCAACAGCAAAACAAUCAAUGUUAUUUCAACUCUUCUGACAAGUAAUGUCGAUGUGAAGUCCGAACACUCGGACAUGCAGUAUGACAACCGAGGUAUGCUGGUUGAUUGGUUAGCCAGUGCAGAUUCUGAACUGGUUCACGUGAACAAGGACCUACAGAUGGGACUGCUGUUUCGGCGAGGAGUUUCCGAUUACCGUCCUUAUCUGCUUUCGUUGAUGAGUAACGAAACUAGUUGGGCUACGUUGCAUCAGACUGUUGAAAUGCUAAUGGAUCGCUAUAAUGAAAAUUAUGAGCCAUCCUCGGUCCUCGAUUUCGUUGAAACAAUUACAAAAAAUCCCAAACUAUGGCAAGGACGUGACAAAGGUGUUCCUAAGCACGAACAAACUGAGUAUAUUGUUGUUCUUAGUGAACCACAAGUUAAAACUUUUAUUGACUAUAUACUAGCAGAGGCAGAUCAGGAAAAGAUAAGUCAAAGAGUAAAGCUUUUGCUGCAAUGUACAGAUGGUCAUUUAGAUUAUCUUAAGGCUAUGGUGGAAUACGCUGAUGGGAGCAAUCAUGCUUCGGCGAAAAAUUUCUUGCAACAGUUAUAUCUGAAUUGUCCUCCGAUGAAAUUUCUAAUGCCACAUAUCAAAUCGGUAUACGAUGCCGAUGUCCGUGCAGCGACUGGUUGUGUGGGCGACAAGUUUGCCUACUUCAUUCUGACCACUAUUGCCUGCUUGAACAAUGCUCGUGACGUGGAAAACCACCGUCAAACUUCGGCCGAAAUGGAACUUAUUGUACGUAAAUUGGCAGCAUCACAUCCCAUUCUACUUUUGCGUCAAUUAUCGGUAUUAUCAACGCUGUUGCAAGGUCGAGCGCACAUGGAUUUGAGCGUUCUGCGGGCUGAAUAUCACUUCCACUUGUUCCACCAGGUUAUGGGGAUUAUGGAACUACUACAACCGUUGAUAUUCAAUGAUAGCUACCAAUCUGGAUUGCAAAAUGCUUUGGACUGUUAUUUUGCACUUUUGAAAAAUCAUGGCAGCGUAAAAGAAACCUAUACCCUGAUUUAUCGUUUCAUGGAAUUUUUGCAGGCAUACAUCGGUGCUAAUCCAAACACUGCUGUUUGUUUCAUCCAAAAGCAUUCGGAUCUGCUGAAUGACCUUGCCCAACAGCAUUUCGAUCUUCAGUCUUUGCAGCAGUUGGUUCAAGGACUAUCAAUGUUUAAACAGCAAUCACUUCCUGCUAUUGAAUCGCAUCUCAAUGAGCCGAUGCCUGGUCCAUCAAAGGAACGUGACCUAAAGCCGGUGGUUGCUCAACAGUCGACAGUAGCCGUCAUGAUGCCUCCGUAUGUGAAAAACGAAAUAAUACCCUCACACUGGCCGGAACUGGUACACGCAUUGCGUUCUCGUGAAAUAGAAGAUAUUUCCUUGCCGCUGAACGAAGUAGAUAACUUAACGGUUAAAAGACCCGCGCUGCUCGAGGAAAUCUUUGACGAAAUAAUUCGUUUUGUGAUCCAUCCAUCAGCUACGGUGCGUGCAACGGCCCAUGCUCUGGUCGCGCGUUGGCUUAAGCAAAAUCCGGGCAAUUUUUCGACCAACAGUACGGCGCUAACAGCUUUCGUGCAAUGUCUGUACCACGAAGAUGUGGCGAUUGUGCAAAGUGCACUGGACAAGACAACCGAGUACACAUUGUGUUUGCAGGAAUACGCGCCGCAAAUUAUGGUAACGGUUUUCAACCUGGGUAUAAGCAGUAAAAUCGACACCUAUACGGCCCUCAGACGGUGUGUGCAGGCUAUCAAAAAACAACAUGCAUGUUGAUGGGGUUCAACUGAAGAAGAUAUGCGAGAAGCUAAUCAAAUGGAAACUGUUACGUUCGACCGAUGUUAUACAACACUUGAGCUGAAUGAAAUUCAAUACAAUAAAAGUCAUAUUCCGAACUUCUGUACGUCGAAUUGCUUGUGGAAGACUGCAUGUCCAAGUUAUAUGUGGAAAUAUUUUUUUUAAUUGAAUUUGGGAAAAUUAGCACAGCAGGUUAAAAAUCUUUGAAAAAUAGUUUUGAUAAAGUUUUCGAGUUAUAUUGUUCGGUAUUCUGUAUUCCAUUCAUUCAGGAUCUGUUUUUUCUGUACUAGUAGUGCGUCACCUAGGGUUUGAAGAUUUUUCGUCAAAGGAUUCAAAAUUCACGUCGGAAUCGGAAUCAUCCCUUCCGCCGCGGUCAUCAUCAGGAUCCCUUCUACUCAUCUUGGCUUCAUGCCAAACCUAACCUAUAUUUUUUUUUCUCUUGAAAAUCUAACCUAACCUUAAAUAAAAUCUUAAUUUACAGUAUAAUAAAUAUUUACAGUUGGCAGUUAUUAGAUAUAAUAAAGAAAUUGAUGGAACUACA